AUGGCGGAAUCAUCGAGGUCCGGGCUCCACCGCAUGCUGGACUCCAUUGGGAAAUGCGCGGGACAUUCGGGUUUCCGCGAGUGGAAGAUCAAGCUUCGACAAGCAAUCAUCCUCCACGCGCCAGAACUUCUCCCCGUCCUCAACGGAAACGCGCGUCCUUCGGCGACCGCGGCGAACGCGGAGGACCUGGCCGCGUGGGACAAGGCCAACGGUCGCCUGUUCUCCCUCCCCUUCUUCGUGACCUCCGGGUCUGUGCAGCUCACUGUCCGCACUCACGAAGGGGCGGCGGAUAGUGACAUGGAGGAUGGGACGGCGGCCUGGAGAGCUCUCAACGAGCGUUUUGAUGCUCAAACCCAGGAAGCUCGGCGUGCGUGUCACAACGAGCUGUUCAACCUGCGACACCUUGCGGGCGGUGAUCCCAUCGACUUCUUCACAAAGGGGUGGGAUCUCAAGCUUCGCCUUAAGGUGCUGGGGGAGGAAGUGUCGGACCCAGUCUACAUGGACAUCAUGCUCUCAGGCCUGACCAAGGCCCCGGAGUUCAAGUUCAUCAGGGAGAUGCACUACCGCGACAAUUUUACUUCAGUAGACAGUCUCCAGGCGACGGCUAAUCGCUUUUUCGUGGAUCAGCAGUCGCGCAACGCGUCGGGCCCCGUGGCUCCGUCAGAGCCGACUUCGUUCGGGUUCUCCUUCAACGCCCUCGGAACUUCCUUGGCGGAGGCAACCUCGUCGUUUGCCUCUUCCCAGUCACCUCCGGCGGCGUCUGCCGCCACGCAAGCGGCACCUGCAUCUGCCUCAUCAACGUCGAGGGCGCAGGACCACCGACUGCCUUCAGGGUUCUUCGGUGCGUUCAUGGCGACUCAUGCAGAGUUGUCGCUUGCUCCUUUUCGCUCCGACGGAUCGUCCAUCCGGAUGGUUGUGGACAUUGGAGCGACAGACAACUACCUCGACCCUGGGCUUACACCAGGAUUGCGGGCUCACAUGCGCGACGUCGAACACCUUCGGGUCCCACACACGAUCGUCGCCGCGGGCCAGCAUGUCCUCAAAGGCGUUACGACGGGGACCAUCUUCGGGGCCGUCACGGACGACAAUGGGAACGACCGGCACGACUCCUUUCGCGUCAUCGNGUUCUCCUUCAACGCCCUCGGAACUUCCUUGGCGGAGGCAACCUCGUCGUUUGCCUCUUCCCAGCCACCUCCGGCGGCGUCUGCCGCCACGCAAGCGGCACCUGCAUCUGCCUCAUCAACGUCGAGGGCGCAGGACCACCGACUGCCUUCAGGGUUCUUCGAUGCGUUCAUGGCGACUCAUGCAGAGUUGUCGCUUGCUCCUUUUCGCUCCGACGGAUCGUCCAUCCGGAUGGUUGUGGACAUUGGAGCGACAGACAACUACCUCGACCCUGGGCUUACACCAGGAUUGCGGGCUCACAUGCGCGACGUCGAACACCUUCGGGUCCCACACACGAUCGUCGCCGCGGGCCAGCAUGUCCUCAAAGGCGUUACGACGGGGACCAUCUUCGGGGCCGUCACGGACGACAAUGGGAACGACCGGCACGACUCCUUUCGCGUCAUCGUGGUACCAGGGCUGGGCACCAACCUCUUCUCCGUGACAUUGGCGAUGCUAAAAGGGGUGGCGACGUUGUUGCAUCCGGACAACCCCAGGUUGGAGUCCGGGGACGUGGUUUCCCCAAUGCAGACCCUCGGGGUGGACGCCACGACCGGAAAACGCAUCUACUCCAUCGAGGUACAGCUAGGGGGUGAACCUGAGGGCCCGACGGUCCUCGGAGACGCGCCGGAUGCCCUCGCCUUGAAGGUGGAGUCCGCUGAUCUCUGGCACCGGCGCAUGGGUCACAUCAACGUGUCUGCCCGCUCGGAAAGAGCACCAACAACCUCACCCAAGCAGGCCACCUACGGCGUCCUGCGCCCCUUCCAGCACGUUUCCGUCGACACCCUUGGCCCCUUCACACCUACGGUGUUGGGCGGAUUCAAGUACGCCACCAAGUUCGUGGACCAGCAGACCAAGUGGGCGGAGAUAGUUCUCAUGAAAGAUAAGACCUGUUCUGUAGACACCCUCGCGUUGUUCAAUAAAGGGACCGUGGUUCCUACCGGAGAACGCAUUCAUUGCCUCCGUGGGGAUCAGGGCACAGAAUUCACGAGUGCGGAAUUCCGUCAGUACUGUCAAGACAUCGGCAUCAAGCUGGAGUUCGCCUCUCCGAACACCCCUCAGCAGAUCGGAGCCAACGAGCUCUACCUGAGCAACCGGGUUCCUCAUGCAGCCCUGCAAAACGGGACGCCGUACAAGGCGCUCUACGGCAAGGAUGCCUACCUUGGUCACCUUCGAGUGAUAGGGUCAAGGGCGUUCGUGCACGAAGAAACCCACACCAGGAAGCUGGAGCACCGUGCUUGGGAAGGACGCCUUGUGGGAUACACCAUGGACAGCAAGUCGUAUCGGAUCUACAACUCUGAGACGCGACGUGUGUUCGGUCAGUCUGCAGUACCACCGGCGCAAGCUGAUGAAUUUGCCGGAGUAGAUGUAGCAGUUUUUAGCACUUGCCUUGGAUUUUUUGGCCGCAAACAGUUUGCGCAAGUCCCGCUGUACUGCGACAACACGGCGACGCUGCACGCGCUUGGAAACCGCUCAUUCAGCUCGAGGACAAAACAUAUCGCACUUCGCUUCUAUUACAUCCGAGAGCUCGUAUCGGAAGGACGGAUAUCGAUCAAUUGCAUCCCGACGGACAGCAACCCUGCCGACAUCGGGACAAAGCAUCUUAACAAGCAUCGGCUGAAACACCUGCUGGACAUCAUUAGCAGUUUCAACGUCGACGACUUCAUCAGCAACAAGUUCAAGUAA